CGAGCGAUGUUUGCAGGGGCGCGGCGCGAUUGGGCGGCUCGAGUGUUUGUUUGGUGGGCGUGGCUCGGGGUGGGCGUGGCUCUGCGGGCAUGGCGGAGGGACACGGGCCCGGGCGCUGCCGGUGCUGCGCCGCGGACGGCGGGGAGCGGGGCGCGGCUUGGGGCCUGCAUCUCCGCAUCGACCGCGGGCGGCUGCAGUGCCUCAACGAGCGACGCGAGGGCAGCGGCGCCCGCGUCUUCCGUGCCUGGGAGGAACGCGGCGACCGCGAGCAGUUCGUGGAGAGCGACGAGGACGCGGAACUGCUCUUCAACGUCCCGUGAGUGCGCGGCCCGGGCGGGCGAGAGGCAGUGCGAGGCCGCGGUGCUCCGCUGUCACCGCUCCGCUGUGCUCCCUCCCAGCAGGUUCACAGGCAGCGUGAAGCUGAAGGCCGUCAUCGUGAUGGGGGAGGACGAUGACUCGCACCCCUCUGAGCUGCGGCUGUUCAAGAACAUUCCCCAGAUGUCCUUUGAUGAUGCUGCCCGGGAGCCAGAGCAGACGUUUAGCCUCAAUCCCGACCCUGUGGGCGAGCUCGAGUACCCCACCAAAAUUGCUCGCUUCUCCAAUGUCCAUGACCUCUCCAUGUACUUCCCAAAGAACUUUGGAGCCGAGACAACGAAGAUAUUUUACAUUGGCCUGAAAGGAGAAUGGACGGAGGCGCACCGCCACAAGGUCACCAUCUGCAACUACGAAGCAUCGCCCAACCCGGCCGACCACCGGCUGCAGCAGGUCACCCCGCAGAGCCACUGCAUCUCUUGACUGUGGCGCUGCUCUGUGCUUGGGGCUGGAAACGGACACGGACAGAGACGCUACCCGAGGCCCCGGGGGCUGCGACCGUGCCCUGGUGCGCAGGGGUGGAGCGCCGGUGCUGAACGGCCGGGCCCUUCCACUCCGCUGCCGAGCUGUGCUCUUCUCAUUGCCAAUAAAGCUUCCGAGUUCAGA